UGGUGGCCAGCUAGUCAUCUGUCAACAUAAUGUUAUAAUGACCAAAUACAACCAGAAAUAGCUGCUCAUUCUUAUCUGUGAAAGGUAGUUCCCCAAAAUCUGAUUUGGAUUGUGUGACGGUUUGUACAGCUCAAACUGCACUAGAGUCAAGCAUGUUUCUCCGGUCCAGUUAUGAGAUUUAUGGCAAGUUGCCCGGACCAAUAUGGCGGCGAUAUUGACGUACGAUCCAGCGGCCAAUGCGGCGAGUUGCCGGCUUUUGUUGUGAGCAUGCGCGGCAAGUGUACUUCCUGGAUCAACUGAGCCAUAAAGAUAUCUGAAGUGUCUUGUAAUAAAUGUACAUUGGAAUUAUUAUAUUGCUGAAUUAUCUAACAUAUCACAGCUUCAUGCUUACUUUCCUGCUUAAAGCCAUUUUCUGCACAGCAUACCUGUCUCCGAUCAACAGCCAUGACUUCAAUAAGCGGGAAAUGUCUCAUUACAGAGACAGAAUAAAGUCCAUGUUUUACCAUGCCUACAACAACUACUUGGAGAAUGCAUAUCCAUAUGAUGAGCUCCGGCCAUUGACAUGUGAUGGACAGGACACAUGGGGCAGUUUUUCACUUACUCUUAUUGAUGCCCUGGAUACCUUGCUGAUACUGGGGAAUCACACAGAGUUUCAACGGGUGGCUGCUCUUCUUCAGGACAGUGUGAAUUUUGACAUUGAUGUAAAUGCCUCAGUGUUUGAGACAAACAUACGAGUGGUUGGUGGUCUACUCUCAGCUCACCUUUUGUCCAAGCAGGCUGGGAUCACUGUAGAGGAGGGCUGGCCAUGCGCCGGUCCUCUGCUCCGCUUGGCUGAGGAUGCAGCACGCAAACUUCUCCCAGCAUUCCACACACCCACUGGUAUGCCCUAUGGCACAGUGAACCUGCUGAGGGGUGUCAAUCCCACUGAGACUCCCAUUACCUGCACAGCUGGUGUGGGCACAUUCAUCCUGGAGUUUUCCACCCUGAGCCAUCUCACUGGAGAUCCUGUGUUUGAAGAUGUGGCCCGAAAGGCUCUCGUUGCCCUCUGGAAAACCCGGUCGGAUAUUGGCCUGGUUGGGAACCACAUUGAUGUCAUUACCUCAAAAUGGGUUGCUCAAGAUGCAGGCAUCGGGGCAGGGAUUGAUUCAUACUUUGAAUACUUAUUAAAGGGUGCGAUCAUGCUGCAAGAUGAGGAACUUCUGAACAUGUUUCAUGAGUUUGAUAAGUCCAUAAAGAACUACACUAAGUUUGAUGACUGGUACUUAUGGGUGCAAAUGCAAAAAGGUAUCGUUUCCAUGCCUAUAUUUCAAUCUCUGGAGGCGUUCUGGCCUGGUCUGCAGAGCCUUGUAGGGGAUAUUGAGAGUGCAACAAGGACCUUCCAUAACUACUGUACAGUGUGGCGUCAGUUUGGUGGCCUUCCAGAGUUCUACAGCAUACCUCAGAGCUAUACUGUGGACAAGCGAGAAGGAUAUCCUCUACGACCAGAGUUGAUUGAGAGUGCAAUGUACUUGUAUAAGGCUACAGGUAAUCCAACAUUUCUGCAGCUAGGCCGGGAUGCAGUAGAGUCCAUAGAGAAGAUGAGCCAUGUUAAAUGCGGAUUUGCAAGUGUAAAGGAUGUAAGAGAUCACAAGCUGGACAACCGGAUGGAGUCGUUCUUCUUGGCUGAAACUAUCAAGUACCUUUACCUGCUGUUUGAUCCUGACAACUUUAUUCACAACACAGGCACAACAUUUGAGCUGGGUGGGGCACAUGGGGACUGCAUUCUGGGGGCAGGGGGUUAUAUCUUUAAUACAGAGGCACAUCCACUUGAUCCGGCUGCUUUGCAUUGCUGCAGCAAGGACCAAGAUGAGCGUUCAGAGCUACAGGACAUCCUUCUGAGCUUAACAGAGUGCUAUAAGCCUUCCAUGGACCAAUCAGAGGCUUGGGGAGACAGAAAUUCAGAAAGAUUAAGUCCUAGAGAAAGAAGAAAAGCAUUUCGGCUGUCCUGCCCAAUGCAAAGUUUCAGCGCUCGAUUUGCACUCCUGGGUCAAGUCUUUUCUGACAGCACAUGAGCAGAAAUUGUUCUAAGAUUAAGAUGUAGAAUAUAAUUUUUUUUUAUACAGUCACUGAAAAUAUGUGGAAAUUUCCUACCUUAAAUGUAAAACUGAAAUAUGUGUGGCACCCCAGGAAAACUUGUUGGACGUCACUGAGGAUGAAUAAAAUUUAUAAAUAAAUAAUAAUUAAAAUGCAUAAGUACAAUAAAGGAAUAAAAUAAUUGUGUUAUGCAGUUUUGUGUUUUAAAAAAAUUCCAAAUAAUACCAGCAAGUAAUGACAUCAUGUUUCUAACUAGUUAAGGUACAAUGGAAGAGAAAUUGAAUUGAAGAGAAAGUGACCAGAAGCUAUGUAGUGUAGAAAAUCUCCACUGCUAGUAAACUUAGCAAAUAUGACCAGCACACACAAAAUAUGGUUUCUUUUUUAGCCAGCAAGCAUGGCCAUGGAGAUGCUCACGAACGAGGCUUUAAAGUCAUCUAAACGUGUGUAUAUACUCAUUGAAGCUAUUACCUAAAUCACCACAUACACACACACACAUAUAUAUUUAUCAAAAAUAUCCUCUCACAUUCAACAAUUGAGACACAAACUGAACAAGUUUCACAGACAUUUGAUGAACAGAAAUUGAAUAAUGAGUCCCUGAACAAAGGGUGGGGGUCAAUAUCAAAUGUAACAGUCAGUAUCUGGUGUGGCCACCAGCUGCUUUAAGUCCUACAGAGCAUUUCAUCCUCAUGGACUGCACCAGAUUUGUCCAGUUCUUGCUGUGAGAUGUUACCCCACUCUUCCACCAAGGCAUUUGCAAGUUCUCGAUCAUGUCUGGGGCGGACACAUGGUUACAUGUAAUUUUCCACUGCAAGGACGAUCAGCUGUCCUUCCACUCUCCCUGUAGCACUGUCUUAAGGUGCAUUCACACAUAUAGCAACUUGCAGCGACAAAGCGAAUGGAGACAAGUGUUGGUAAGGUUUCUUUGGAAAUGUACUAGGUUACAGAUUACAAGUUACCCUAUUUAAAAUGUAAUAA